CUCUCUGAGAAAAUGCAACCCCCCAACAAACUUUAACUAACACCUAGGUACAUGUAAACUAAUUCUCUCCCCUCCUCUGAUUGUUUUCCUUGCUGGCGUACCAAUGCAUGACACAAGGAAACAAAGUCAAACAAAUACCUCAGCUUCCCAUCCCCUCCUCAACCCAACCACCAUGACAGCAAACCAUGAACUCCAUAUGCCCAAAACACCCCUACACCCCCCAGUUAAUCCUUGCUAAUGCCAUCAGCACAUCUUUCCUGGGUACCUUUUGCUUUGAUUAGUACACAAUGUUUGAAAACUUCACGUUAAAGGGCAUGCCUGGCAAGUUCCCUUCAAUGUUGCCAGUUAAACCUUCCCUAUCCAGUUCCAAACUUUGCAACCCCCUCCCUCCUCCUGCAAGCAACAGCAGCAGCACACCAGCCUCCAACUCCAAGAAGAGGAACGAAGAGUAGGAAGGUGAGGAGUUGCCUCCGAAAGCAAGCCAUCACUGGCUACCAAAUGCAGGCAUGCAUAUAGCGAACAGGACAAGAAGAAGCAGAGGAGGAAGAAGAACAAGUCGGAGCAGACCUGAAGGACGCCAAGACACCGGUUGCUCGCUGCCACCAUGUCCUAUGAUCAGAUGCUCUCGCCGCUUUUCAGUGCCGGGCGAUCGGCGUGGAGAGCGGCACAGCACGGCGGCGUCGGUGGCGGCGACGCAGUGACGAGGCAGAUACUCAAGUGCACGAGGUGGCAGCUCGAGGAGACCACCGACUUCGUCACCUGCCCCUACCACUACUACUGCGACAGCUCCUAUCCGGGCGACUACUCCGCCGCCGUCGGCGUCCUCAUCGCCGCCUUCGCCGCGUACUGCUUCCUCUCUACUCUCGCGUUCACCGUCCUGGACCUCGUCCGGGGCAACGGUAGCAGCGCGCCGGCGGCCGGCGUCAGGGGCAUCAAGAGGAAGUACCUGCUCCCCUCCGGCCCGUUCCUGCUCCCCCUGGUGCUGCUCGCGCUCGCCAGGGGGCAGCGGGUCAACGCCGUGUUCCCGCUCGCGCAGCUCGGCCCGGCAUUGCUCCUGCUGCUCCAGGCCUCGGCGCUGGCGUUCCGGAACGAGGCCGACGGCGACAUCCGGUACGCGGUGCUGGAGGCGUCCACGGUGUCCGGCGUGCUGCACGCGAGCCUGUACCUGGACGCCGUCGUGCUGCCGUACUACACGGGGCUGGAGGCGCUCCGGUGGUCCCGCUUCUCCGGGGAGUGCGCGUCGUGCCUGUGCCGGAUGGAGCCCCUGGUCGUGGGCGGCACGGCGGUGCAGUACCGGGGCCUGUCCAAGACGGCGCUGGCGAUCAUCUUCGCGCUGUGCUCGCGGAUGGUGUGCCGCAUCUACGGCGAGGAGCGGCUCAGCGCGUGGACGCGGUCCGCGCUGGAAGCCGUGGGCUGGGUGUUCGUUGCCGCCGAUGCGGUGUACCUCGUCGGCUGGGUCGCCGCGGAGGGCGGCGGCGUCGGUGUGGCGGCCUACAGCCUCGUCGCCGGGCUGGUGUUCCUGAGCGUCUUCGGCAAGGUGUACCGGUUCUUGGCGUGGGUGGAGGCGAGGCAAUCGCAGUGGAAAUCCAGCCUCUGCCAUAGCAUCGUUUGAUUGAUGAUGAUGAUGAUGAUGAUACUCGAUCGUCAGAGCUAAUUCUCGCAGAAAAUGUGUAAAAAGAAAAGAAAGGAAUCUUUGCUUAGUUCAUCUUCUUCUUGCUGUACAAUCUACAGUUCUACACGAUGGUAAAAAAGGUGCGAAAUUUUUUUGUUCAUGUUACUUAGCUUAUUUUGACGAAAAGCCAUUCAGAUUUUUGUUGAAUGAAACUUCAGAGCUUGUUCCUUGCCCUUUUCUUUCGGCGUUUUAAAUAUGAUUUUGAUGACUCGUUCCUA